GAGAAAUAUCAUCUCCGAGGUCACUCGACUUAAAGGGCAUUUCUAUUAUUGUUUGGUCAGGUCUUUGUGGAAGACGGUCCCUUCCUUGAUCAUGCAAAACGGAUCCGGGGGAAAUCAGAAAUUUUCUUGUCCACCUCUUCUCAGCAUUCCGACUCCCCCAACUACCUCCGUCACCUUGUAAAAUUGGCAGACUCUGGACCUUUUGCAUGCUGGAGAAAAAUCACUGUUUUGCCUCCAGCAAGGAACAUGCAUGUUGCAACACUGACUCCUCCUCUAGUGAAGAAAGAGUGAACAAGUGCACCGAGUUGAGCUUCUUCGCAGAGACACGCGGCUGGUGACUGCGGAGCAGUGGCUAAAAUCCCCAGACGCCGGGUCUUCUGGGCUGGGCUUUCCCCGCUGCUGUGCUGUUCUGUCUUAUUCGCUCUUCUCCUGCUUCUGGAUUCUACCCAGGGCUCAGGAAACAGCUUUACCUGCAGUGAUAAAGCUCCCGUCCUUUUCAGGAAGUGCUCACCGCCUGCUAUGGCAGACUUUUCUCCCCAGCAAAACUAAAGGACACUUCUGUCUGUGAAGGGAGCCUCUGAUACAUUGCCUGUAGCAAGAAACAGGAGCCAACAUGAAGGGAAACAUGCCAUCUGCCCUUGCUUUCAUCCUACUUUUUCUCAACAUCGGCUUUCUGAAUGGACAAUCACCACCUGGAAAACCUGAGAUCCACAAAUGUCGUUCUCCUGACAAGGAAACAUUCACCUGCUGGUGGAAUCCUGGGACAGAUGGAGGACUUCCUACCAAUUACUCACUGAUUUACAGCAAAGAAGGAGAGAAAGACACCCAUGAAUGUCCAGACUACAAAACCAGUGGCCCCAACUCCUGUUUCUUUAGCAAGCAGUACACUUCCAUAUGGAAAAUAUACAUCAUCACAGUAAAUGCCACUAACGAAAUGGGAAGCAGUGCAUCGGAUCCACUUUAUGUGGAUGUGACUUACAUAGUUGAGCCAGAGCCUCCUCGGAACCUGACUUUAGAAGUGAGACAGCUAAAAGACAAAAAAACGUAUCUAUGGGUAAAAUGGUCCCCACCCACCAUAACUGAUGUGAAAACUGGUUGGUUUACGAUGGAAUAUGAAAUUCGAUUAAAGUCUGAAGAAGCAGAUGAGUGGGAGACCCAUUUUACGGGGCAGCAAACACAUUUUAAGGUUUUUGACUUAUAUCCAGGACAAAAAUACUUUGUCCAGACUCGCUGCAAGCCAGACCAUGGAUACUGGAGUAGAUGGGGCCAAGAGAAUUCCAUUGAAAUACCCAGUGACUUCACCUUGAAAGAUACAACCGUGUGGAUCAUUGUGGCCAUUCUCUCUGCUGUCAUCUGUUUGAUUAUGGUCUGGGCAGUAGCUUUGAAGGGCUAUAGCAUGAUGACCUGCAUCUUUCCACCAGUUCCUGGGCCAAAAAUAAAAGGAUUUGAUACUCAUCUGCUGGAGAAGGGCAAGUCUGAAGAACUCCUGAGUGCCUUAGGAUGCCAAGACUUCCCCCCCACUUCUGACUCUGAGGACUUGCUGGUGGAGUUUUUAGAAGUGAAUGACAGUGAGGACGUGCAGCUAAUGCCAUCCCAUUCCAAAGAGUACCCAGGUCAAGGUGUAAAACCCACACACCUAGAUCCUGACAAUGACUCUGGUCAUGGAAGCUAUGACAGCCAUUCUCUUUUGUCUGAAAAGUAUGAGGAGCCCCAGGCCUACCCCCCUGCUUUCCACAUUCCUGAGAUCAUUGAGAAGCCAGAGAAUCCUGAAGCAAAUAUUCCUCCCACCCAGGACCCCCAAAGCAGCAUCCCCUAUUUUCAUUCAGAUGUGUCCAAAUCUUCAACAUGGCCUUUACUGCCUGGCCAACACAUGACCAGAUCUCCUUAUCACAGCAUUGUUGAUAUGUGCAAGCUAGCUGGAGGUCCUGUAGAUACACUUGCCUCUUUCCUAGACAAAGCAGGAAAAAAUCUUCUAAAAUUUUCUAAAACCCUCAAGACUGGAGAGGAAAAAGAGGUGGCUGAGCAAGAGGAGAUGAAAAGCUUCCAUUCUGAGACUAAACAGAACACAUCAUGGCCCCUGCUCCAGGAGAAAGCUCCCAUUGUCUAUGCUAAACCCCCAGAUUAUGUGGAGAUUCACAAAGUCAACCAAGAUGGAGUACUAUCGUUGUUCCCCAAACAGAAAGACAACAACCAGGCGGAGAAGCCCGAGGUUCCUGAAGCCAGUAAGGAGUAUGCCAAGGUGUCUGGGGUUGUGGAUGACAACCUCUUGGUGUUAGUGCCAGAUUCACGAGCUCAGAACACAGCUUUGUUUGGGGAAUCAGCCAAGAAGGCUCUACCAUCGCUUGAACAGAAUCAACCUGAGAAAGAUCUGGCCAGCUUUGCUGCAACCUCAAGCAACUGCAGACUCCAACUGGGCAGGCUGGAUUACCUGGAUCCUACAUGCUUCAUGCACUCCUUUCACUGAUAGCUAGACUUAUGGAACGAUCGGCUAAAAUGUGAUGUUUUUUCUUCAGGUAACACUACAGAGUCAUGGAAUAAUGUGGUCUGCUAGCGAAUGUUACAGGAUGUGGGUAAAAUAACACUACUUCACUCCUUUUCAUGUCGUGUUCAGCACUUGCCUCUUUUCAACAGCUGAUGUCCAGAACAAA